AUGGAGACGCAAGUGGAAAAAAGGGAACAGUGGAAGAGGAAAAGGGAAUAUAUUCUAGCAUCUGCAGGCAAUGUGGUUGGCCUGGGCAAUGUGUGGAGAUUCCCCUACCUGUGCUAUAAGAACGGAGGAGGCGUCUUCCUGGUGCCUUACUGCCUCUUUGCCGUGCUGUGUGGCCUGCCACUCUUCCUGCUGGAGACUGUGAUUGGUCAGUACACGCAGGAGGGUGCCGCCACCUGCUGGACCAAGCUCUGCCCCCUGGCACAGGGGACUGGCUAUUCUUUACUGGUGAUUCAGCUGUACUCCAGACUCUACUCCAUCAUCCUGGCCUGGGCCCUCCUCUACCUCAUCUACUGCUUCAGAGAUCCCCUGCCCUGGACCACCUGCAACAAUCCAUGGAACACAGACAAAUGUGUGGACCUCACUUCUGCAAACAGCAGUGCAAUAUACAGCAGCAACCUGACAUCUUCAGUGUCUGAGUUCUGGGAGAGAGGAGUGUUGUCCAUGUCGGGGGGAAUAGAGGAGGUUGGUGCAGUACAGUGGGAGCUGCUGCUGUGUCUCCUGGCCUGCUGGGUGGCCUGCUACUUCUGCAUCUGGAAAGGGGUCCGCUCCACAGGAAAGGUGGUGUACUUCACGGCUGUGUUCCCAUACGUGACACUGGCCAUCCUGCUGGUCAGAGGGCUGACUCUGCCGGGGGCCUGGCAGGGCGUGGUCUUCUAUCUGUACCCAGAUUUCUCUCGCCUGGCAGACCUUCAGGUGUGGAUGGAAGCUGGUGCUCAGGUCCUCUUCUCCUAUGGUAUUGCAGGGGGAAGCAUUAUCACACUGGGCAGCUACAACAAAGUUAAGAACAACUGUUAUAAGGACAGCAUGUGGUUGUGUGUGCUCAACAGUUGCACCAGCUUCGUCGCCGGCUUCGCGGUCUUCUCAGCUCUGGGCUUCAUGGCCCACAAACAGGGAAUUCCCAUCAACAUGGUGGUUGAAUCAGGCCCCGGGCUGGCAUUUAUCGCUUUUCCUCAGGCCGUAGCCAUGAUGCCCCUUCCUCAGCUGUGGGCUGCCUGCUUCUUCAUUAUGCUCAUUCUGUUGGGACUGGACACAGUGUUUACAGGCUUGGAAACUAUAACAUCGUCCGUGAUUGACAUGUUCCCAGGACAGAUGCGCAGACCCUGGCGCAGAGAAAUCUUCCUCGUCUUCUUCUGCUCUGUCUGCUUCUUGUCGCAGAUCCCUCUCACCGCUCAGGGAGGAGUGUUCCUCUUCCAGCUGAUGGACUACUAUGGUGCAAAUGGAGUAUGUGUAUUGUUUGUGUCUCUGAUCCAGUGCGUGGCAGCUGGCUGGGCCUUUGGGGCUGAACAGAUGUGUGAUGCAACCAAAUCUAUGACAGGACAGAGGCCGUGCCUUCUUUUCAAACUGUGCUGGCGUUACUUCACCCCUCUGAUCUGCAUGGUUUGCUUCAUCUGCUCGUGUCUGGACUACCAGCAGCUGACAUCCAGGGGCUACGUGUACCCAGACUGGACCUACCAUCUGGGCCGGGCCAUAGCCUUCUCCUCUGUGAUUCCAGUACCCGCCUGGGCUGUUUACAAGAUCUGCUUCACUCAGGGCACCCUCAGACAGCGUCUGUCAGUCCUGUGGUACCCUGUCAGAGAUCCUGUUGAUCCCAAGACAAACAACGAACUCCUAAAUGAAACAGAGAUGAAACCAGCAGCAGCCCCUUUUCCCAACAUGUUAUAAGUCCUUGUCGUUACCGUAGAUAUAUACAGCCGAUGCCUCAUUUGUGCCUGUGAGAUGGAUCUCUAGUGCCACCGUCCAACAGAGGUGUUCUGACCCGUUCAAAUAGCAGAAUAUGCCAGACUUUUAUGUGACUUUUAUACGUUCUAGCAAAAGAAAUGCCAAAACCACACAGCAGGGAUUAACAUUUCACAGGUGAGAAUUUACGCACUGUUGAAUUUGAUAUAUUACAAUAAGUAAUCCUCCCUUUAACCCUCGUAUUGUCUUCCCAUCUACUAAAUGAUAUGCAAACACUUGAAAACGGGUAAAAAUUGACCCGAAGACAAUAGGAGGGUUAAACUCAAAAGUGUAAGUGACUGUUCUUUACUACUGUAAGUAAAGCUAUCUUAAGCCAGGCAAGAAAGAAAAGAUGAACAUUUUUAUAAAGUAAUAUAUAACUAAGAUGCUGGAAAUGAUAUGUGUCAAUCAGCUAUGUUGCUGAUGUCACAUAUUUGUUAAAUAGUUCAUUAUUAUCUACUUUAAAGUGUUAAAUCUGUUUCAAAGCACUGACAUGACAUACAUACAACAAAUGUGACCACUCUGCACAACACUGCUGAUUCACUGGAUACGUGUUUUGUGUAUAAUACGUGACUUAAAAUGUAAAUUAGCAUGUAUUUAUCUUUUUAUUCAGUAGUAACAAAGUGAUGAAAGCAGUUCCUUUCAGUGUACUGAAUCACGAGGCUCGAGACUAGAGUUGAGCGUGUGUGGUAUGUCUCAGCACCGAUUGUACUCUGAGAUGUGGUCACAUAGAUUAUUGUAGUCGAUCUAGAGUUUGCAUUUCCUUCCUCUUUUCAAGGCAAAGAAUAUACUUUUCCUUUGAAAUAUUCUUUCAUCCAUCACAUCCCCAGCAACAUAAUCCUCCUGUAUAAAAUGAGUGCAGAACAUGGCCACGGUGUUCGUUACAGAUGCAGCAGUGAAGUCCUGUCUCGUCACCAGCGACACCCAGCACCAAGGCUAGUAGCCUUUUCCACAGUACCCUCACUCAGUGAAUAAGUGGUUGCAUCCCUGGUGACAAAUAACAUCAAUCACUGAGUGAGUAGUCCAACAGUUUUAAAAUUACCACAACCACAGAAUCUGCCCUGACCUAGUGUAAAUAACAAUUAUAGCAUUCUAAAGUGAUGCAAAUAUAAUAUUAUUAUAUAGACAUUGUACAGGGGUUUAUUUAUCAUAGUCAACUCAAUGUACUCUGUUACAUUGCACAGUGUAACAUGGUCCAUAGGGCUGUUGGUGUAUCUCCAGGUGGGUUUUGUUGGGCUGGUUUGACUCAAAAGUCACGGGCAGAUGUAUUUAUGUAGUUUUGUGUAGUCUUUAUGAAUUUAUAUCAUAUACUAUAUACUUCAUGUUAAUAUGCACAGUAUCACAGUAUGGGAUGCUAACAUGUUCACAGCUAGCAUGUUGCCAUGCUGCGCUACAUGGACUUGUUAAAUGUCUGUGUGUAUGCGUACAUGUGUGCAUGUGUGUGAAAUCUUAGUUAGUAAUGGUGGGGUGAGAAAAACAAUGAAAAAUAACUCUUGCUAUGCAUCUAUAAUG